AUGCCAUCCAACAAACACAAUGACGAGCCUGAGAAGGUCGACGUCGUCAAUGUCGAGUCGGCCGCACUUGAAAAUAUGGCCAAAACAGAUCCUCUCUUCGCAUCGACCAUCCACGAUGCCAAGGUGGCUACAGCAAAGGAGCAUUCCAUGUCCCUCUGGCAGGGCAUCAAGCUAUACCCACGUGCCAUUGGCUGGUCUAUCCUCAUGUCAACCGCAAUCAUAAUGGAAGGCUACGACGUUGUUCUUAUGGGAUCCUUCUACGCCUUUCCGGAGUUCAAUAAGAAGUUCGGCACUCUUCAACCUGAUGGAACUUAUCAGCUCACUGCCGCCUGGCAGGCCGGAUUAAGCAACGCCAUGGCAACGGGUUCAAUUCUUGGCCUAUUUGCCAACGGCAUUAUAGCCGAACGAUUUGGCUAUAAGAGAACUAUGUUAGGCGCUCUUACUCUGGUCGUUGGCUUUAUCUUUAUCCUCUUCUUCGCGCAAAAUCUCACCACCCUCGUCGUUGGAGAGCUCCUUAUGGGCAUCCCGCUUGGCGCCUUUCAGACUCUAACAGUUACCUACGCUUCUGAGGUCUGCCCGGUGGUUCUCCGAUGCUACUUAACGACUUAUGUCAACCUCUGCUGGGUCAUUGGCCAGCUUCUUGCCUCUGGCGUCCUCCGCGGCUUCCUCGAGAGAUCGGAUCAAUGGGGCUACCGGAUUCCCUUCGCUAUACAGUGGGUUUGGCCAGUACCUAUCAUCAUUGGAGUUGCACUGGCUCCGGAAAGUCCCUGGUGGCUAGUUCGUCAGGGCCGAAAGGCGGACGCUAUUGCUUCCUUGCAAAGGCUGACCGGCGGCGUCAACGAGGGCAACGCCACGACUGAAGAGACCGUCGCCAUGAUGAUCCAUACGAACGAACUAGAGCGCGAGAUGGAGAAAGGCACUAGCUAUCUUGACUGCUUCAAGGGAGUCAACCUUCGCCGUACCGAGAUCGUUUGUCUCACGUGGGUUGCACAGAACCUAUGUGGUGCAGGGCUUAUGGGGUAUUCAACCUACUUCUAUACACAGGCCGGACUCGAUCCAAGGAACUCGUUCAACAUGUCUCUCGCACAAUAUGGGCUUGGAAUGGUCGGCACAAUCUUCUCCUGGGUGCUCAUGACACAUCUAGGUCGACGGACGCUCUACGUCGGGGGCCUAGCUGGCCUAUUUCUACUUCUCCUUGUCGUCGGAUUUAUAUCUCUCGCCGGUAACCACAACACAGCUGCGUCAUGGGCAACAGGUUCUAUGCUAUUGGUUUAUACGUUCGUUUAUGACUCAACAGUCGGGCCGGUCUGCUACUCUCUAGUAUCAGAGUUGUCAUCGACUAGACUUCGCACAAAGACUGUUGUGCUAUCGCGAAACGCAUACAACUUAUUCAGCAUCGUCAACGGCGUCAUUAUCCCAUAUAUGCUGAACCCCACGGCUUGGAACUGGCGUGGGAAAGCUGGUUUCUUUUGGGGAGGACUCUGCCUUCUGUGUGUGGUAUGGUCUUUCUUCCGUCUUCCCGAGCCGAAGGGUCGCACAUAUGGCGAGCUGGACGUCCUCUUCGAGCAACGAGUUUCCGCACGCAAGUUCCGGACCACUGCUGUUGACCCGUUCCAUGGACAAGACGAUUCGAAGAUCUCGGAUGAUUAG